AUGCCAUCACGCUACGGACUCAUCGGGAGCCCGAAAUCCAAACCCGGGUCUCCCACAGUGGGUCAGUCUCUGGAGGACCUCCGCUGCAUGUUCUCCUGGAGCCCCUCAUCACCACGGUGGAGGCUGUGGAUCGUUUUCCUCACCUGUCUGUCGAUUGUCGGGUGCAGCUCACCGGGUAUGUGGCUAACGCUAACAACAACUAGCAGCGGUACCUCCACCAUCGUGCCGGCCGGCCGGCUCAUCGACUCGGACGUGGCGCCUCCAUAA